CCCAAAGAGGAGGGCAGAGGAAUCAGCAGGAGGAAAGGAAACGGGAAUGUCAGAAACCGGGGCGGAAGGGGAAGGAAUGGACAUGGAUCUGACGGGAGGUCAGGCAGACAAGGAAUCUGAGGGGAAGGACACAGCCCUUGACGCUGCCUCCACGGAAGAGGAGGAUGGUUCCAUGCAGUCCUGGACUUGGCUCAGAGACUAUGUGGAGUGGGCAAAAAGGGAAAGAGAACAUGCAUUUGAUAUUCGUGUAGCCUUCUUGAAACAUGCAGAGAGGUCCCAGGCGAAGGGAAAAAGAGAUGCAUCAGCGGGAAGCAAUAGCUCCUCUAACCAGUACGAAAUCCUCAAGAAAGUCAAAACAGAAGAAUUCUCUGAAUAUGAGGCUUUCAGAUAUGCUGAGAAGAAAAGGGCAAGGGAACGAGGAACAGAGGACAAGGACAAGACCAUCCCCACAACCGAGGACAACUUCGAGGACUUACGACCCAAGGCAAGGAAAUUGGCUAAGAACAAGAAACGGAAGGAAACUAACAAUGACCAAACCGAGGCAGAAGAGAAAUCGGAACGAGACCUCUUAGAGAAAGAAGUGGAACAAAGAGCUUCAAUGGUAUCAGAAUCGGCCAAAGCGGCUCGCAGAACACUGAGGAACAUCCGACCUCUCAUUGCAGCCAGGUACGUGUCAAACGCGAGGGAGUGGCAGAUCGCAACGGACAUAGCCUUCAAAAUCCCCCACUUUGUAGAGGGGGAAAACGUGGUGAAGGUGCUCAAAGAACAUGUAACACUGGAAUCCCUACCGGGGCUCUUUGAGACAGUAGCCUUGGAAUCAGAUCUGAUCGACUCUAGCGCACAGGAGGAAACAGGAAGUGUCAAAUGUGGUAAGGGCAAGAUGACCAGAAACUCCCCAAGGGCCUUCUCACCCCUGAUAGCCAAGAUGUUAGAAUCAACAACGUUGAGAACAAGGAUGAUCUGGAAACCGUGGCGAACAGUGGCCGAAGUCCCUUACAGCAUCCUAGCUGGCAUUGGUGUGUUGGCAGAACUGAUGGCCACAACUGUGGCUCAAAUUGUCAAAUCAGGACAGCUGGAAGGGGACGAGGAUCUAGAUGCAAGAGCAGUCGCCCUGGAUUGUGACAGGUUCUACAGAAGUGACGCCUCUGACUGUUCCGAGUGGGAAGGGGACGAUGAAGGUGAGAUCGUGGGCCGGGACACUGACCUAGGUAAGCAAGAGAAUGGCCAAAUUGACCCAGAGAGUUCAGACAAGGCAGGAGAUUCUGCAUUCUCCCCAUCAAAGGACAACGGAUUAGGGUCCCAAACUAUCAGUGAGCGUGCAGAUCUAUUGGCCGAGUUCAGGAAAUGGCGACACUAUUUGGCGAGGGGAGAACGUGAUGGGUUUGUUUCUUUCUGCCAGACUCCAUUUUUGCUCAUGCCAGAGGCCAAGUGCCGCAUACUGCAGGUGGAAGCUGAAAUUGAGAAGCAAACUCACCAGCAGCAUGCGUUGGCAGAGUUCCUUCUUGCAGGAGACAAUCAUUAUGUGGAUCCUUUUCUUGUUCUCACAGUGGACCGAGAUCGUCUUGUUGCUAGAACCCUGGGGCAGCUCCAGCAGAUUGCAACAGUGCCACGAAAUUUGAAGAAGCCACUAAAGGUAAUAUUUGACGGUGAGGAGGGUGUAGACGAGGGAGGCGUCAUGAAAGAGUUUUUCCAGCUGUUGAUUCGGGACCUGUUUAAUGUCAGCUUUGGUGGUGGGAGGAGGAAACUCGACGAGAGCGGCGACCUUCGAGGGGUCCAUGCGGAUACCAUCAGCAGAGACAAUGUUGCCAAGGCACUCCACGCUCGAGGCGGCAAAAGUGCAUUUGCUAAGCUUAGCGUAGAACUUUUGCUUGCGGAGGAUGGAAAGGACCUUCUCGAUGCGCUGAAGGUGGGACUCGAAGCUGGGACUGAAGACAAGGAUGUCGUCGAGGUAGAUCACGACACAGACUUCAAGGAGAUCGUAGAAGAUGUGGUUCAUGGUGGUGUACUGGAAGGUUGUUGGGGCAUAUGCGAGGCUGAAAGGCGUCACUAGGAACUCGUAAUGCCUGAAGCGAGAGCGAAAGGCAGUCUUGUGGGUAUCUUCCUCACGAAUAUGGAUCUGGUGGAAGCCGCUACGAAGGUCAAUCUUGGUGAAGUAUUUGGCUCCACGGAGGCGAUCAAGAAGUUCAGAUAUCCAGGGGAGUGGAUACUUAUUCUUGAUGCUGAUCUAGUUCAAGUCUCUGUAAUCCGUGCACAUGCGGAGCUCCGAGGUGUCGCCCUUUCUUACGAAGAGAGCUGGUUCCGAAGGGGGAUGAACUAGGCUUAAUGAAUCCGUUUUCAAGGA